AUGCUUUUUGGUGAGGUUUCGCGUCUUCCUUUUUUUAUAGGAACAUUUUUUUACAAUUUAAUUUCAAGGUAUUUCAACGAUUUGCCGUUCUGCUGGUUCAUGUCGACCUUCGCUUUUUGUUGCCUAUAACAAAGUGAGUUUUUGUGAAUUUAAAAUAUAAACUUGAAGAGAUUUUUUUAGGUUUGCACCAGCCAGUACUUUGUUUGGUACAUUGUUCUGCUGCCUCUUGUUGCCAGUAGAAUAAAUGUUCGUUUUUUUUUUAAAUUUCUCUCUCAAAUUAUGAUGAAACUGUAGUAAAUACUUCCUUGCAGAUGGAAACUUGGCGAGCAGUGAAGUUGACCUCAGCGUGGCUGGGAGCACAAGGAAUUUGGCUUUUGGUGGCGUAUCUCUACGAGUUCCGCGGCUGGAACACCUUCCUCCACAUGUUCCUCGCCUCCUUGCUUUUCUUGUUCGUCAAUGCCUUCAUCCUGCGCGAUCUACUUGCCAAAUAUAAACAUGAAGAUUUUAAGCUCAAAGCUGAAUAAGUUAUUUAUUGUGAUCUCUUACUUGUUUCACGGGUGCAUAUGCAAGUCUUAGAUGUAAUAAAUUUUCUAUUUGUUCGCUGUCGAACCCUCUUCGCUUCGUUUCCAUCGUCCUUGUGUAUUUUUGGAAAUGUAUAUAAGUUUUUGACCUUGGUAACAUUCAGAUGGUGUUUUAUCUGAUCGGCUUAGGGUUAGGCGACGUUGAGGAUAUCACUGUCAAAGGCCUGAACAUUGUCAAGUUUGGAGUAGAUCAGAAAUCAAGAAAAUAAGAAUUUUCGAGGAAAUGUUCCCGCGUACAUUUGGAAGCUUACACGAGUAUUUUGUGUUAUGGAUUGGACAAAUCGAAAUUGGAAGAGUUUUACGGGCGGCCUGUCAUUGAGGCGGACAGAACAGCCGUCGAACAGAACUCUGGUUAGUCGUUUUUUUUUGAAUCAGGAAAAAUAAGUUCAGAAAAGAGAAGAAAUAGCAUGUGACCAAGAUGGUCCAGUUUAGAGCAGCCACAAAUUUUUAAAAGAAAUUUUCUUUUUUGUUCUGAAUUAAUAUCGUCUGAACCUGAGAGCGUUGAAGAAACCAGCAAAAUAUUUGGAUGAAAAAAGAAAUUCUUGAAUAGGCAGUAAAAUAAUUGAAAGAAAGUUAAAAUAAUACAGAAAAAAUUAGUAAUUGAAUUCUUGGAGAUCAAAUGCCAUCGAGAGACGGUAUUCGACAAGUUUUUGUAGCUUGCCAGGGAUAACCGAUAUGAAAAAUUCUUACAGAAGAAAUCCUCAAAGGAGCCGACGUGGAAGACGUCGCGCUUCUGGUCGUCGGAGAUCCUUUUGGCGCCACGACACACGCCGAUUUAGUCCUUCGAGCCAAGCAAUCUGGAAUCCAAGUGAUUUCUCUCAGAGGUGGAGAAAUGAGAAGGCAGCCCUUGGCUUGGCGGCCAAGCCAAGCCAAAAAGCCAAACGAUAGAAAUGAGCCAUUAAUUUACGUGGUCUUUGGCAACUAGGUCAAGUACGUGCCGAUAACGCCCUGAACUAAUCAUUAUCAAUUUUGUAAAUUUUUUUAAUUGUUUUUUUCGCAACUUUGUGUUAACGUUUUUUUAAUCUACUGUAACAGUUAUUUCAGCAGGGAAUUGUCACGGAAACGGGUCAAAAGGCUACCUUUUCAAUCUCACUAGAGAACUAUUUCGACAAAAAAAUUUUGAGAUGCUAUGAAAUUGAUGCAAAAAAAAAAAUUCAUUUGGUUUCCAAAAAAGUCAAAUGACUGAAAAAUCCUAUUACGCCAGGCCACCUCGUUAAGAGUGGAAGGCUUACAGUUCUCUACCUGGAUUUUUUUCCGGUGGUAUGAAAAAUCAGCGAAUUUUCGAAAUGCGACUUUUUUCCGAUUUGUUCAAAUCGCUAAGGAACUUUCCGACGGCCACCUUUCCGACGGACCACUUCCCGACUUUUUUUCCCUUUUUAUUUUUUUCGGUUCCUAAAACAUUUUUUUGUCUACUUUUUUUGUGUUUUAAUCAUGAAUCAACUACCUACUUUAUAUGGGGGGAUUCAAAACGAAGAGUUUAUUUAGCAAAAAAGUUGAAAAGGAUUAGUCGGAAAGUUCUCCGUCGGAAAGCUCUCUAGCGAUUUGAAAAAAUCAGAAAAAUCGCCGUUCGAGUUUUCGCUGAUCUUUUUUUCAUACCACCAUUUUUUCGUGUUUUUGUGUUUUUGUAAAAAAGUUUCAUACAUCGCUCAAAACAAGCGCUUCUAGAUGUUAGGGCGAUUUCGCUUUACAAAUGACCGUCGCGCCACGCUGACUUUUGAAAAAGUCAUUUCUGCCUUUUGGGCGUUUAUGGCUUGGCAGGCAGGGCGGCCAGAGGGCAGCCAUCCUCCACCUCUGAUUUCUCUCAUUUUUUCUGUGUUUUAUCAUACGAAGUCUUAGGUUCGUGUGAUACACAAUGCUUCUAUUAUGAAUGCGGUUGGAUGCUGUGGUUUACAGGUGGGCUUUCGAUUCUAGUGAGAAAAUGGAGUUAGAGGUCGACUUCUAUUGCUUUUUUGAAACUGAUUAAGAAAAUCUUUUUCUUCGAAAUUCACCAAUCUCUGCUGGACUGGGGGGUGAAAGGAAAAGCGGAAAGCGCAUAGAAAGGCAGAAAAAAUGUUCGAUUUCGAUUUUGCAGCUGUACAAUUUUGGAGAAACAGUUUCGAUUGUUAUGUGGCUGGACGGCUGGGAACCGGACAGUUAUUACGACAAGAUUGCCGGCAACAAAAAUAGCGGAAUGCACACUCUUUGCCUUCUCGGUCAGUCUUUCGAAAAGAAUCGGCCCAACUAUCGUUUUUCAGACAUCAAAACGAAGGAGCAGACCGUCGAAAACAUGAUGAGGUUUGAACUGAAAUCUACAGUGUCUCAUGAAAUUUAAUAAAAAGCUAUUUGUGCCAUCUUCAUUUUUGAAUCGGCGUGAUUGAAAUAACUUUGAUAAAAACGCAUACAUAUGGGGUCCUUUUUUUAAAUUUCCAGUGAUGUUUUGUUGGAAGUUGUCUAAAUAGGUCGGAAAACAUGUAUGACGAGAAAGGUUAUUGGAUUCUUGCGCUAUCUUAAUUUUUGAAAUUAUCCCAGAGGCCGCAAGAUCUACGAGCCGCCACGAUACCUGACGUGUUCGGAGGCCGCGCAGCAGUUGCUCACGAUCUGCGAGCGACGGAGCGAGAAAGGCGAAGCCCCAGGUUCCAUUUACGCAGUUUUUAUUAUUGCAAAGUGUGUGUUAAUUUCAGUUUUGAACGAAAAUACGAUGGUUGUCGGAUUGGCUCGCGUCGGAUGGGACGAUCAAAAGGUUUUUUUUUCUUCCCCACUCCCGGUAGUUUAGCUGAAGGUUCCACGAAGGUGCAUCGAAAAUGGUCUUAAAGAGACGUUAGCCUUUGGUUUAAAACUUGAGUAUUUGAAAGAAAAUAAGUUAUUUGAGAAGAUAUCUCCCGUUAAUAUUCAUGUUUAAUUCUUAAGUUUCCAACUUUUGUAACUUGAUCCAUGAGGGAAGAGUUGAAUCGAAAAAUACAGUUUUUUAUUCUCCGUUUUUAGCGUUGUUAGCUUUUGCGAGUUUUUUUUUUGGUGUUUUAUGUUCUUUUCGGAUUUCGGCAGAUCAGUUCAGCUGGUCCGUUUUGGCACACUGGUGGUUCAAACUGUGCAUACACCGAUCUCAGUUUUUUUGUGCGGUAUUCGUUAAUAACAAGUUUUUUUGUACGAAGAAUAGACAAAUUUGAAGAAGAAAAAAAAUUAGAAUAUUCAAAGAUGGAAGUUUAGUUUCAUAAAAAAAGUUUCUGCGAACGCUAGCAAGUCUUAUGAAACGGCCUAAUUUGAGAAAUUUGAUUAAAAAAGCAUAUUUGAGAAGGCUAAUAAUAAUAAUAAUAAUAAGAUCUCUUCUGCUUUUCCCAAAAAAUUGAAAUGAUUAGCGGAAAUUUAGAGCAUCUUUGUGGUCUUGUUCAAUUCGAAAAACUUUCAUUUUGAAAAGAAAAAAGUUGCCUAGUAUAAACUAGAGAAAUAGCACAGUGAAGAUUCCUUCGGGCUUGAAGCAAUCCUAUGCCAGGUCAGUGAAAGCCUUGGUUUCUGCUGAAAGUGCGGAAGAAAAUGGCAACUUUUCGAGUUAUGCAAGGGUUCUGCAGACGGUCUACUGCACUCUGAAAGAAAUGGCCUCGCUGGACAUGGGGUCGCCGCUGCACUCCCUGAUCAUUCCCGGCCAGACUCAUCCGCUCGAAGUCGAUUUGCUCGACACCUUCCGGUUGCCGGAGAAAUCUGUCAAUUGA